UCUCCUCAUCUCUUGCUCUUACUCACACAAUAAUGUCAUCAAUGAGUACUGAAAGCUCUGUGUGGCAGUGGUCAGCUGGUAAAGAUCAAUUCAAUUUCCAUCAUCAUCAAGUGAUGGCCUCUGGCUCUGGCCCUGGCUCUGCAGCUGAUGAUCAGUACCAAACAUGGAGGGCAGUGGCAUCAAGGCUUGCACUUGACAAUCAAUUCAGAAAUAUGACAGAAAGACAUGAGUAUUACUCAAAUGCAAAUAUUGAUCAAGAAGAUGAGGAGGAGGAAGACUUGAAUAAUAAUAAUUAUUAUUGUUAUUAUAGGAAGACUAAUUUCAACAAUAAUCUUAAUAUGCCUUUGCGAUUGAGAUCGUUAGAGGAGUUGAAAGGUGAUCAGCAGCAGCAGCAGCAGAGUAACACUAGUCAUGAUAAGUGGCAUAAGAGUUUGCCUCAGGCUGAAAUGCUGCCUAGGAAUGAGGUCUUGGGUGGUUACAUUUUCGUGUGUAACAAUGAGACUAUGCAAGAGGAUCUCCAUCGCCAACUCUUCGGGCUCCCACAGAAAUAUAAGGACUCUGUUAGGGCAAUAACCCCAGGCUUACCCCUUUUUCUUUAUAACUACACAGCCCACCAGCUGCAUGGAGUAUUUCAGGCUGUAAGUUUUGGAGGGUCAAACAUUGACCCAACAGCGUGGGAAGACAAGAAGUGCAGAGGAGAAUCAAGAUUUCCAGCUCAGGUUAGAAUUCGAGUGAAGGAAAGGUGCAAACCAUUAGAAGAGGAUGCUUUCAGGCCAAUACUUUACCACUAUGAUGGCCCUAAGUUUCGUUUACAGCUCUCUGUGCCUGAGGCACUUGCAUUGUUAGACUUAUUUAAAGAAAAGAACCUUUAAGGAGCUAUCAGCAGAUGUAUCCACCAACGUUAAAGGGAGUAGGAAAAUCAAUCCCCAAACAAAUAUAGUGGUAAACUGUAAAAAGCAUUGCGGCAGCAUAGAAUGGUUAUGGUUGUUUUCACAAUGUCGCCUGAUGAUGAUGAUGAGAAAUGAAGAUUAGAGUUGAAAACGUAUUUAGCAAUGGGACAAGGAUGUAACAUAACAUGCAAUCAAUGAAAGGUCCUUCC